GGCCUCCCAGAAACAGCGCUCAACCUCACCUCGCAGGUUCAAUACACAGCCACAGCAGCUCAUUAACCAGUGGAGCUUCCAUUACAGAAGAACUGAGGCAGGAGUGUCACGUGUGGAACGACGAGGAACAACAGAAGGCCUGUACAUAAGAAGAGAGAGAAACUUACGAGUAUACCGGUCGGAAGAGAGAAACCUUAAUUAGGAAUUACCCGUUAAUUAAGACUUAAUUAAUCAAAAUGGCUUCGAAAUUGUGCGGAAAAUGGCAAAUUAUAAGCAGCGAGAACUUCGAUGAGUAUAUGAAGGCUGUAGGGGUCACAGCUGAAAACCGAGCGUUGGCCAACGACAAAUUCUCUGGAAGCUCAAAACUGUGUCAAUUAAUCACGAAUGAUGGUGAUUCGUGGACAAUCAAAACCAUCACAAGUGUCGGAGAACGAGAAGUUGCAUUUAAAAUUGGGGAAGAUUUUGAUUCACAAACCAUCGAUGGUCGUGCUGUGAAGGUUUCCAUGAAGAUGGAUGGGGAUACUCUAGUGGAGACCCAGGUUGGAAAUGGUGUGGAAUCCAUCAACAAUCGGAGUGUCGAGGGUGCCAACAUGAUUAUGACUAUGUCAGCGUGUGGUGUGACCUGCACAAGGAAAUAUGAAAAAGUGUAACAUGAUGACAACCAUGUGGUCGCUUUUAAACAGUAUCGCCCAUCUCCCCCCAGCACACACUCCACUCGAAAUACCUUAAUGACUCUCACCCCUCAUCCUGAAUCUGCUGAGAAGCAUUGAUAUAUAUUGAACAAGUAUGUGUAUGUAGAUAUAUAGAUCUGCACAGACACACAUCUAUGUGAAUUAUCAUAUCUCUGUACAUCAGCCAACAUAUUUUGCUCCCCACCCCUGCUUCAUCAGUCAUAUACAAGGAAACACUUCUGCAUCUACACACACGGUGGCAUCUCAGAGGUAUAAUAGAAUCCAUCAUUUGGCUCCUUCAAAUAAUUAAAUCUAGGAAUUUAGUAGACAUGAUGUCUUGUGCUUUUUCUUAACGAUUCACACAAGUAAAAUGCUACAAUGUGGAGGGGUCGGGUCUAUUUACUUCUAAGAUGUCUUACACUCACACCCCCUGCCUGAUCUGCUCAAAUGUCACCAAUUAUAUUCUGCCAGUGUAUUUAAAGUUUAAUAAAUUUUCAACAAA